CUCGCCCUUCCCGUGCCAUACUCCUGCUUUUACGACCUCCAGCAAGCUGCAUGUAUGGGAGCAUGCAUGCCUAAGACAGCCAUGAGGAUAAGUGCUCGACUUCGUACGACCGUCCCAGGCCUGGGCACUACUCUCCAGCCAUGUCAAUGCCGAGCUAUCAGCAUUCAACACGGCGACGCCCACAACCAGGCCAGAGGGCACCGAAGAGCUGAACUAGCAGCCAGGAUCAACCAGUCUCUCAAAGACGACGAACAUGGCAACCAACUCGAGCUCCACUCAAACACAAAAACCGUCUCUACCCCCGUUGGCGACCUCCCUAUCUCUCCUGUCAUGGAUCCCGCUUGGAUGGAAGCCAAGGAGCGCUUCAAGACGCCCAAGGCAAAACCAAAACAGACCAAGGGGAAGGACGGUGGUCGUUUUCGCAAGAAACUGUUCUUGAACCCGUACG